UUCCUUAUCUCUAGCAACCCACAGAGUGGUAAAGUAGUAACUUUUAAUGAGUCAAGUCCUUCCACUGUCACCAUUUUAUAUAAAAUAAUUUGAGGUGCUUUCCUAAUUAUAGUUCCUUUUGCCAUCCUUAAAAGGAACAUUUGCAAAGCAGUGACAGUCAUUUGACAUGUAAUGAAACUGCUCCAAGUUCCAGCAGACAGUCCAUUCUGGGGUUUCUGCUGCUCAGUGAUACUGGUCCUGGUUAUCAGCGGGCAACAUGACUGGGUCGUGUUCUGCUCCCCCUCGCAUUGUUUCCUUUUGAACAUUAUAGUUCACUUCAGUGAACUUCAGUGGAACUGGGGGUUCACCUCUAGCAUUUUCCUGGCAAGUUCUGAAGCACAUCUCAGACAUAAGAAAAUAAGAAAUAUUAGAAAUGCUUAAUGACAGAAAAUUAAGAGAGAGAGCACCUAUGCAAGUUAGUCACAAGUUAAUUCAGAUUUUGGCUGAAAUUGAGGGAUACUCAUAAUUGUUUAAGGAACAAGCAUCACUGAGAGUGCAGUCUUACAUUUAUGUGUUACAAAAUAUUUUUUGGUCCUGAUCCUGUCCCCUUCCUUCAUGCAGUCAGACACUGGGAAUGAUGACUAUUAGUGAACUUGAUUUUGCCUGGCAAUGUGCUGAAUGUUGUAGUUAUAGGAAGCUACUGCUCACACUGGUUUAAAUAUGGGUGGUGUCCUGUAUGACUCAUAUGAUGCUAAAAUUUAAAUUAUGUGGCAGAAGCGCAUGUGCUUAAUAAAUGAAGAUCACUCAUUUUUGGCUGUAAUAUCUAUAUAUGCACAUAUAUUUGUAUAUAUAUUGCGUGUAACAUCAAAUAAUGAAACACAAAUAGAAUGUGCACAUAAUUGCAUGCAUCACACUGCUGCAGAGAUCUGGAAUUAAUUGUGAGGGGGUGCAUGUGACAAUAUUCCUUUCCAAGGCACUCAGAAAAGCACCUGUGCUUUUUGUCCCCAGGCAGUAAACAGGCAUUUUGCCUCCUUGUGAAAUGCUGAGCAGCCUGAGGAGUUGGCUACUCCCCUUCUGGCUGAGUGACAGUCCUUCUGAUAUAAAAAGGCCCCUUGGGAUGGGCUGUGCUGGGUGUAGCUGAUAGUGCAGCAGAAAGAGGGCUUGUUCUGGGGACUGCAACUGGAGAACCUGUGAGAGGUUGUGGCCACCAGCAGGUCCGAGCUCCACAAAAUGCGUGAAAUUGUGCAUCUUCAGAUUGGGCAAUGCGGGAACCAAAUUGGAGCCAAGUUCUGGGAGGUCCUUGGUGAUGAACAUGGGAUUGACAUCACCGGAAACUACCGUGGGGAUUCACCCCUGCAGCUGGAGCGGAUUAACGUGUACUUCAAUGAGGCUUUCUCCCAUAAAUUCGUGCCCCGUUCCAUCCUGGUGGACCUGGAGCCUGGUACGAUGGACAGUGUACGGUCCAGCAAAAUAGGCCCCCUCUUCCGACCGGACAACUUUAUUCAUGGUAAUUCAGGUGCUGGAAACAACUGGGCCAAAGGCCAUUACACAGAAGGUGCUGAACUGAUUGAGAACGUCAUGGAUGUGGUCAGGAACGAGUGUGAGAGCUGCGACUGCCUUCAGGGGUUCCAGCUGAUCCAUUCUCUUGGUGGUGGUACAGGCUCAGGUAUGGGCACGCUUCUCAUCAACAAAAUCAGGGAGGAAUACCCCGACAGGAUUAUGAACACCUUCAGUGUUGUGCCUUCACCCAAAGUGUCCGACACAGUCGUGGAGCCAUACAACGCCAUCCUCUCCAUCCACCAGCUCAUAGAGAACACAGAUGAAACCUUUUGCAUUGAUAAUGAAGCUCUAUAUGACAUAUGCUUCAGAACUUUAAAGCUCACCAAUCCCACCUACGGUGACCUCAACCACUUGGUGUCCCUAACGAUGAGCGGCGUCACCACCUCGCUCCGCUUCCCCGGCCAGCUGAACGCGGACCUGCGGAAGCUGGCUGUUAACAUGGUGCCCUUCCCUCGCCUGCACUUCUUCAUGCCAGGCUUUGCCCCACUGACAGCUCGGGGGAGCCAGAUGUACAGAGCCCUCACCGUGCCAGAGCUCACGCAGCAGAUGUUCGACGCACGCAACAUGAUGGCAGCGUGCGACCCUCGCCGCGGGCGCUACCUGACCGUGGCCUGCAUCUUCAGGGGCAGGAUGUCCACCAGGGAGGUGGAUGAGCAGUUGCUGUCUGUGCAGACCAAGAACAGCUCCUACUUCGUGGAGUGGAUCCCCAAUAAUGUCAAGGUGGCCGUGUGUGACAUCCCCCCGCGAGGCCUGAAGAUGGCAGCGACCUUCAUCGGCAACAACACGGCCAUCCAGGAGCUCUUCAUCCGCGUCUCCGAACAGUUCUCAGCCAUGUUCAGGAGGAAAGCUUUUCUCCAUUGGUACACUGGGGAAGGUAUGGAUGAAAUGGAGUUUUCUGAAGCAGAAGGCAACACCAAUGACCUCGUGUCCGAGUACCAGCAGUACCAGGAUGCCACUGCAGAUGUGGAGGAAUUCGAAGAGGUGGAAGUGGAAGCGAGCCCAGAAAAGGAAGCAGCGUAAAAACAAUAUCAAAACACUCUGAAUAAGUCUGUUGACAUUCACUAAAGACAAAGCAGUAGCCAAAAAUUAGACAUUUCUUCAGAACUUUUCUCUGCAUCUGCCAAAUAGCUCCAAUUUUACAACACAGUGCUUUUGAAAUUAAUGGCAGCUCUGCUUUACUCUCCUAAGCAACUGUUGACACUGAAUCGCUCCCAAAAAGGAGACAGGUUGUCUCAUAACAGCCUGUCUUGUAAAUGUAUUCACUUUUAGUAUAUAAUCACCAGAUACUGAAUGUACUAUACAGCCACUGUGCCUGUGUACAUAUAUAUCAGGAUUAUAAGCAACAGCAAAAUACGCUGUCACCUCAGCACAUUUAUUUAUUCUCAGGUAAACACAGUGCCUGUUUUGAUUGGGAACUUGUAACUGUUUUAGGAAUACGUGCAUAUCUCUAAGGUCUGGAAAGGCAGUGUCUGUUUUAUUAUCACUCCACAAACUGAUGUAGACCUGCAGACAAGUUCAGCAACUUGAGUUGCAGGGGGAGGGCAGAAGAAACAAGAUGGGGCAAAAAGACUGAAUAUGUACAUUCUUUCUAUUUUUUUUAAGUACUUUUAAUAGUUCUUUCACAUUGCUGGCUUAUAUUAUUGCAGAGCUUGUAUUCAUUAUCCUGGUGUGGUUUAUUUCUGUUUUAAACUAUAGGUUGAGUUACAUUAGCACACAAAGUUGUGACACUGUGUAAAAGUUUUGGUGUGGUAUUUUUUUAAUCCUGUGUACUAACUACUGUAAAUUUUUCCCUAACAUUCAGAACAACAAAAAGGAUAGAAUGGUUUGUAGCUUGUUAGAUGUAAGUUCCAGGGCAAUCACUAAAUCAAAACUAUAUUUUGCCUUCAGGAAAAAAAGGUUCUUGCCACAGCCUUCUUAUUAUUCUCUUAAUAAAAAAUAUAUACCAUUCUGUAAGAUACUUUUUAUACUUGAAACA